GGGCAAUCUCGGAUUGGCGGUUUGGGAGAUCCUAAUCAAGCGGCUGGUCACUUCAUCCGAAACAUUUAAACGUCACACUUUGAAGAUUACUGGGAGAGAAGAGGAAAUCGUACAUACCAUAUUCCCUUAAUCUUUCAAAGUCUCUUGAAAAUAAAAUCUCCAUCCUUCAAAGCGCUUUCAUCCUCAACUUACUUUGGGCUCACAAACUCAGGAAAAAGAUAUGUCGUCGGUCUCCAGUCUUUCGAGGAUCAAUCCGUUCAAGUUCGAACUCGAGUUAAUUGAGGGGAUGGUUAACCCCCGAUUCCCUUCGUGGGCUUUGGCCAUCUUGAUCUUGUUUGCCACCAUGAGAGGUAUGCUCAUCCUUGUAUGUAUAGCAAUUAUGGUAAUACCGCUAGGAAAGGGUCAUGCAAGCCGCAAAAAACACUGGUUCUUGUUUCGGCGAAUCUAUAAACAACCAGGGAGAGGGAUUCCCUAUGUUAUCCCGAACAGGUCAAUGAUUAUUGUGGUAUGCGAACUGUGUAGUAGUUGCCUGUAUUUGGUGGCGGCGUGUGAAAACUACAAGACAUAUAGACGCUCAGGAAUAAAGGAAGGAAGUAGUGGAUGGUUUCUUACUCUCUGGUAUGGUUUAACGUGGAUUCCGUCAUAUUUGGGAAUCAUGAUGGCUGCUUUCAGUCUCUGUUAUGCUUGCCUUUGCGAUGUCAAUGGGAACAGGAAAAGCAAAAUUCCUCAAUUGCUUACCCCAAUUGUCUACAACUCUGCAUGGACUCUCUGGACCAUCAUUACUAUUUCUUCUAUGGCGUUUUGGACAUUUCGUACGACACGGGCAUUAUCUGAGCUGGAGGCCGCUUGUAUUCAUACCUUUAAACUAUUACAGCGAGGAGCUGAUGCAUGGGAUGCUGAUCCUUCUCAGAUGCCUCCGAGGGGGAUCUCUAAUUCACAACUUUAUAUAAUUCGAGCUGCCCAAAAGUCUGCUUCAGUUAUUGAUGGAUGGGCUAUCACUUGGGUCGUUUUGGCAGUCUCAUUAGCAGUUUUUUACCUCUUCACAGUGCAGCUAUUAAUUCGCCUGCUUAAGCAGGUUCUGCGUAAGCGAGCUAUAGACUCUAUGGCGGUAGAUGUAAAAUGGUCUUCGCCAAUAUGGCAAGAAUUGGAGCAGGAGUUCAGGUUCCUUUUCAAGUCUUCUAUCCUUGUUACCCUAAGCAUUAUCUCUCAAAUCUCUGAAUUGGCAUAUCAGACGCAUAGUUCAAAAAACCUCACAGAUGUAAAUUGGAGGAUUGGCUCCGCCCUAAUCACACAGCUGCCGGGAAUCUUCAUGACACCAGCGAUCCUGGUACAAUCGUGGAGAAUAUUCACAGAGCGCUCGGAAGAAUUCAAUUUUCGAAAAGUUCCCCUGACGUUUGAUGAUAAAAAGAUUCCCGAAAUGACUUCUCAGCUUUUGGGGUGGGAUACAACAGUUUGCUGGGGUAAGGAGAUAGAUUUGGAUGCUGUAAAUUUUCCUGGUCUUUACGAGAUUCAAUCAACAUUCUCAAAGGAGACAGAAGACGUCGAUCAGAAGGAUAAGCGGGUAAACCUUAAAACUCCUGCUGGUGAUAUAAGUGUUAUGCGCUCAAUUACAGUCACUCAUGAAGAAAUUUAAAUAUAUUCACCUCAGUACUCAGUCUUCAUAAGUCUUCAUCAACCAUAUCAUCACUGACACCAUUAUGUAGGUACUCCAAAGCUUCUUCUGCUAAUUUUAUUAUUCUUUGUUUUUGUCUUCGAACCUUUCAUUAUUUUGUCUUUUUGGGCAUAAUCUUUGCUUCUGGAUUCUGGGAAUAUCUCCAUUUAUUUGAUUGGAAAUCAAUUUGUGAAAAGAAAUGUCCUUAGCACUUAUUCUGUCCAUCCUGCUC